GGACAGUUCACCGUGCGGUGAGCCACACGCUAGGAACCCUAUAGGCCUGUGCGAGACGUGUAUGGGACAGAAUUCUGAACCAGAUGAGCCAGCAAUGUCCGUCAGCAAGAAGUACGCCGGCUUACCCGACCUCGAUGCCGCACCAGAGGUAUAUGAGACUCCCGACCUAGCGGAUGACGUAUCGACGGCACAGACCGGUACACUCCGCACCCUAUCCCCAGACCCGUCUGAUGAGGGAGACAAUGAAAAUCUUGAUCGCCAUCACCUCGAUCGCGACGGCGCUAGACGACGCUUUGAGCCGUCUGUGGUGGAUGCCAGGGGCGUCGACUUCUCCGACUCGAUAGGCGGUCCUCACCGCUCAUACCGAACACGCAGCUCACGUCGACGCCGACGGAUCCAGGAGAAUGGCGCAGAAGAACUGGGUGAUCUCAGCGACAGCGAGGACGAAACCCUAAGCAGAAAAUUGGCCCGGCUAAAGAGAGAAGCGGAAGAAGUGCGGCUCGAGCUGGAGCGUAGGGAGCAUGAGAAGGACGCCGAAGGGGACAGCGAUGACAAGCGAACACACCGGCAGCACGGCGCAGCUGAUGACGAUGAAGCCGUUGCAGAUCUGGACGAUGUUGAGCAACUGAGCAAGCUUCUUGACACGUUGAGCACAAAAACCAAAUCAAACAUGAAUGCUACAGCCGAAACAGAAUUUCUGUCAAGACUAGAAUCGCAGUCGCGGCUAAGACACCGGCCGGGACAGCAACACGUCGACACUUCAGACCAAAAUGCUUCUGACGAACGACAACAGCAGGAUAACCAGCGGACGGAUCCAUCAUCAAUAUCAGCCCUCCCAGCCGUGGCAGCAUUCUCAGACCGACUGAGUGCCCUAGAAGCGGCACUCGGAGUCUCCUCCACGAGCCUAGAUUCGCAACAGAAGACGUCGAUCUUGCCGACUCUGCAAAAUCUCUCGAGCCAGAUCAGCACGUUAUCCAGCGUCUUGGGCCAGCAAGAUCCGCAGUCUGGGAGGACAACUACGACGAUGACGACCUCCGCACCUCUUCUCGACAGCGUGUCUUCGAAGCUGAGGACUCUGAUCGCCGAAGCCGACCGACUAACCAGGGCGCGGAAGGAAGCAAUGCAAUCGCUGAUCGAGUUGCACGAAAAACGCAUGGGUCAACUCGUCUCCGCUUCGGUGCACACCAACACCAGGCCCCGGCGUGGGCUGUCUAAUGCCUCGGCUGCCAUUAAUCUAGGAGGUGCAGGAGGCGCGGCAGAAUCAGGAGCAGCCGCCGACUUGACUCCUGCUUCCGGCCCUGGCGACGAAUCAUUGCAGAUCCAAUCGCGACUAUUUCUCGAGGAACAAUCGGCCAAGAUCACCGCGCUGUACCAGCUCCUUCCGUCCAUCCAAAACCUGCAGCCGCUGUUACCCGUCGUUCUGGAGCGAUUGCGUACACUCAGUGUGGUUCAUGCCGGUGCAGCCGACGCGAAGAAUAAUCUGGAUGCCGUGGAGAAGAGACAGGCCGAGAUGCGUGACGAAAUCAGGCAGUGGAGAGAUGCCGUCGAAAGCGUGGAGAAGGGCAUGGCUGAUCUGGAAGAUGCGAUGAAAGGGAAUGUCCAGCUUGUGGGAGACAUGGUGUCUAGUCUGGAACGGAGGGUGGAGAGUCUACAACAUUCGAAUUCAUAAGCUACAUGACCAGCUGGCAAAAGACUUUCCUUGUAUACAGGUCUAAAGGGUACGUGGAAGAUGUCCUCAUGAUGAAGAAAAGGAAUAUUGGGAUUUUGGGCCUGCAUCGUCCUGGUCUGCACCCAUAAGCCUCGACCUGCACCACCUUUGGAAAAGACCUCCUAGCCUUCUGUUGUAAAUCGGUCUAACCUCUCGCCUUUUUGAGAAUAUACAAUUUCGGCUCCAAUCCCCAAUGCAGCCACCAACCCUUGGUCCAGCUCCAGCCUGAGUCGAACACGAAUUCGGCGCCAAAUCCUUCUCGUAUCAGAUCAUGCAGUACGCCAUACACCCACUUGCCCACGUUUCCGUACAUUGCCUCCGCGAGACGGGACAGGCCAUCAUCCUCCCUCCUUUUCUGUGGCGGACCCAAGACCAGUAAGCCACGUCCCGUGGAGGGAUUCAAGAGUUUAGGUCUCCCGAGAGCGGGCACUUUGUCGACCACAUCCCACACACCGCCGACAGGGACCUCGGGAUCCUCGACGACGACAUAGUCAAAUUGAGACCAGAAAUCCGGCGAGAGAAACUCCGAGCUGCUGUUAUCGGACUUGUCGUAGAUCCACGCCGUCGGCCGUGUCGAGGUGAUGGUCGGCUUACGCCCGUCAGCGGAGCCUGGGAGUGUGAAGACGGGACGAUUGGCGAUAUGUGGGGGCGGCGAUUCCAAGAAUCGCGUCACUCCGGUCUGUAGAGCCAGAUUGGUGAGAUGGACACGGAUGACGGGCUGUGGGCCAUAGUUGAGAGUUAGAGAGUGUAGUGACUUCAGGGCAUGGGCGGCCGGGUACGUUUGCGCAGACAGCGGCAGAAGCACACCGUGGGAGAAGAUGGCUGCCAUGGCCGUGCUGAGCACUAGUAGAUAGGUGCUGAGGCGGAAGAAAAGAGACCGCCCUCUCCGCACGAACAUGUAAUUCGCGCAGAGAGCAGCGGCCGCCGCAAUGGGUGGAACGACGGGGAACAAGAACCUCGUCUCUUUGUGCGGUAGAAAUGAAUAGAGACAGAUAUAUCCCAGGGACGGGAUUAUCAGGUCGGCCAGUUGAGGACGUAGUGCGGUUGGGGCAAUCAUAAAAAGGGGCAGAAUCAACAGCAAUACUGGGUUGGACAGAAGUCGUGGUAGAGCAGACGUGAAGUACCAGUGCCACGGGGCCGUGCCCCAGGCUGAUGCGCCCAGACUGUCUUGCGAAGGGAACACAUUGGACAAAAAUGCAGCGAGUUCAGGCCACAAUAGACGCGGGGAUUGCCAGAAGUAGGUGUCGAUGGCGACGGUCAGAAGCAGACCUGCAAUGGUGGCGGCCACAAUGGCCGGGAGGAAGACUCUUCGAAUCAAAGCCAUGGCCGAGGCUACGCUGCGCGUCUUCCACAGCAUGUACAGACACUGCGAGCCAAGCAACAACGCAAGUUCGGAGCGGAAAAUCACCGUCGCCAGCGUCAGGAGAUAUAAUGCCAAUCGGGCGUGCUUGGCCUGCAGUUCCGGAGUUGAGUGGCUUGGUAGGAGGAAUCGUAGAGCAAAUGUACCUGUUCGCCAUAGACAUUCGCUGGUCAGAUAAAACCCGCCAGCUGAUCAGGCAUUCAGGGUAGGAGGAAAGCCGUACUGAUACCAAAAGCGAACAUGUUCGGAAGAGUCCGAGAUGAGUAAUAUAGCAGAUGGAAUUGACUGGCCUGUAGCGCCGUGUACCAUGCUGCAGUGAGCUUGCCGUAUGCUCUCCUCACACCAGAGGCAUAACUGAUGAGGGCUGCCGCGUUGAAUAGACCCAAG